CUGAAAGUGACGGCGCUCAAGGCCUAAUUACAAGUUCCGUCUCCAACUCCACCACCGCUCAUCUUAUCCAAACCUCUCCACUCCAAUCCCAUCAGCCAUGGCUUCUCAAAACUCAACCCCACGCGACGACGAUUCGGUCGUUUUGGUUGAAGAGGAAUUCUGUUCGAGGAUAUUGACGUUGAACAGAACUCGGCAACUCAAUGCCCUUAACUAUGAAAUGAUUUCUCGACUAUUGGAACUUUUCCUUACAUAUGAGGGGGAUGCUAAUGUCAAGUUGGUGAUUCUCAAGGGAAAAGGAAGAGCCUUCUGUGCUGGCGGUGAUGUAGCGGCUGUGGUUCGUGAUAUUAAUGAAGGAAAUUGGAGAAUAGGUGCAAAUUUUUUCCGAAAGGAGUUUACUUUAAACUACUUACUGGCAACAUACAGUAAACCACAGGUUUCACUUCUGAAUGGAAUUGUCAUGGGAGGUGGGGCUGGUGCUUCUAUCCAUGGUAGAUUCCGUGUUGCAACUGAGAAUUCGCUUUUUGCAAUGCCAGAAACAGCUCUUGGACUUUUUCCAGAUGUAGGUGCCUCUUAUUAUUUGUCCAGGCUUCCUGGAUUCUUUGGGGAGUAUGUUGGUCUUACAGGUACCAGAUUGGAUGGUGCUGAAAUGCUUGCUUGUGGUCUUGCAACUCACUUUGUUCCCUCAAUGAGUCUGUCUUUGCUAGAAGCAGCUCUAUGCAAGGUAGAUUCAAGUGAGUGUGCAACUAUACAAGUGAUUUUGGAUCAGUACUCACAGCAAGCAGCUCUAAAAGAAAAAAGUGCUUAUCACCGGAUGGAUGUUAUUGACAAGUGCUUUUCUAGAAGAACAGUGGAAGAUAUUUUAUCUGCCCUUGAGGAGGAGGCUGCAAAGAGGGCAGAUGCUUGGUUAUCAACAACAAUUCAAUCUCUGAAAAAAGCAUCACCAAUGAGUUUGAAGAUUUCUUUGAGAUCAAUUAGAGAAGGAAGGCUUCAGGGAGUUGGUCAAUGCCUUGUUCGUGAAUAUAGAAUGGUUUCUCAUGUCUUGCGCGGAGAAGUCAGCAAAGAUUUCAGAGAGGGUUGCAGAGCUAUAUUGUUGGACAAGGAUAGAAACCCAAAGUGGGAGCCUUCUACAUUGGAGCUCAUCAACGAUCAUAUGGUCGAGCAGUAUUUCUCUAAAUUAGAUGAUGAAGAAUGGGAAGAGUUAAAGCUCCCUGCAAUAUCCAACUUGCCUGUAACUGCCAUUGCGAAGCUUUGAGUAUCUGGGUGUUUCCACACAUCUCAAACAUUCCAACUUGUGCAGGCUACUUAACUCCAGUUCUCAUCUCAGCAGGCACGUAUUUCAACACCACGUUAUUGCAUGUACCAAAUAGCAAUAUCAAGUCUAAGGUGUCGGCAACAUUACAUUUCUGUCCCUUGGGCCACUAGUCUAGUGAAAUAAAUACGUGUUUCAGUUGAACUUUAAGCAUAUAAAUUGACAUUUGCAAACUAUAUCACAGUUGACGACCUCAAGUUUGGCCUGUAUAAAUACAAAAGCUCUUAUCCCAGAAGACUUGGUACUUAUUUGUAGUGUGAAAGUUAUUGACAGACAAGUAUAGUUGACAUUUGUAUUUUUGUCAUAAAAUUAGUGUUUGGAAAUAGUAAAAGGUCGGUAACCAACAAA